CUGCUUCGAAGGCGCAAAGUGCAGUCCGUCCGUGAUUAGAUAUUUGAAUAUGGCAUCGAUCGGAAAAAUAGGAUUCCUCGGGGGCGGUAACAUGGCCAAGGCCUUGGCCAACGGAUUCCUCUCAGCCGGUCUGGCCAAGCCGAGCGGAAUGAUUGCCAGUGUCCAUCCCGCGGACAAGGUCUCCCUGCAGGCAUUUCAGGCAUUGGGCGUGGAGACCGUCGUGCAGAACGCCCCCGUUGUGGAGCAGGCCGAGGUGGUCUUCGUGUCCGUCAAGCCGCAGGUGGUGCCAGCUGUGUUGAAGGAAAUCAAGCCGCUCAGUCGCGGCAAGCUGUUCCUAUCCGUUGCCAUGGGCAUCACCCUGCAGACGAUCGAGUCCAGCCUGUCGCCGGAGUCGCGUGUGAUCCGCGUGAUGCCCAACAUCCCGGCCGUGGUCCGCUCCGGCUGCUCGGUGUACGUGCGCGGCAGCCAAGCCAGCGAUGCCGAUGCCCAGAUCACGCAGCGCCUCCUCGAAUCGGUGGGCACCUGCGAGGCUGUGCACGAGUCACAGCUGGACACGGUCACGGCGCUGAGCGGCAGUGGGCCUGCCUACGUCUUUGUGAUGAUCGAGGCCCUGGCCGACGGCGCUGUUCACAUGGGUAUGCCGCGGGACCUGGCCUACCGACUGGCCGCGCAGACGGUCCUGGGCGCCGGGCAUAUGGCGCGGGACAGCGGCCUGCAUCCCGGGCAGCUGAAGGACAGCGUAACCAGCCCGGGGGGCUCAACGGCAGCGGCCCUGCGGCAGCUCGAGCUGUCAGGUUUCCGAGCAGCGGUUGCGGGCGCCGUGGAGCAGGCGACGCUGCGCUGCAAGCAGAUCUCCGGCCAGAAGUAGACGUAGACGCAUUAGAUUUGUUUAUAUUAUUUAUAGGCUACCAUAAUUCGCAUGAUUCUGUACAAUAUCGAAGGUCUGUCUGCGGUAGACAGAGCCGCAGAAGAUUUCCUGAUAGUAAAAAACACUUUGCUCCAGUCAUUGGCUACUGGUCCUCCCCUA